UGCAAAGAGUAGGGGUCUCCGUAGGAAGGAGGGGCUAGGGGUGCUACAACUCGAGUUUGACGGGCCGUUUGGGUCGGUCUGUCUGUUUGGCUGUCUGUUUGUCUGUCUGGGUCUCCUCCUCCUGCCCCCCCCCCCGACGGUUCUCUCCGCCCGGGGUCGGAAGCCCCGCCUCUGCCCCUCCAAACGCUCCUAACCCACCAGGCCCUGGAAAGAGGGGAGGGGGCGGUGGGGGGAACCGACACCCAGGCCUCUUUAAAGGAGGAAGAAAAAUCCCCAGGAGCAAAGAGGGGGUUUGGUUUGUGGGCAGGAGCUUUGGUGGAGAAGGCAGGCCAACCCUCAGCUGGCUCCUCGCCUCCGGGCUCGUCCUCCAGCUGGGAGGGCUCUCGGCCCGGACUUUGCCGCUCGAAAAGUACCCAAGCUCCAAGCUCUUCUGCUGCUGCUUCUAUCCUUUUUCUUAAAAAAAAAAAAAAAAAAAAAGGCGUGCGGGGCAUUAGUCAAAAAACCGAUAUCUGAGCAGUAAUUAGAACUUCAGAUGGAGGAGUGGAAAACUCGGUGUUAGAGGUACAAGGUCCAGUGUUAUUUAACUUUCCUUUAGCUCAAACUGUAGAUUAUUUGAAUAAUGCCCCGGGCGGUAGCACCACAGUGGUGGUGGGUGGGUUGUGAUUCAAAUCAACAUGUUUGAGUUUAAGAAAAAAAAGAUAAACCUUGUUUUUAAAAUUCCAUUUUCACAGGCUGUGCUAGGAGAUGGGGUUUUUAUUAUCACCUGCCGGAAACGACAGACAAACCGGCGCCCAGGCACGAGAUGGAGAACCUGUAGAUAAAGGAUUAUGGAUGGCGACAGUUCUACAACAGAUGCUUCUCAAUUAGGAAUAUCUGCAGAUUACAUUGGUGGAAGUCACUAUGUAAUACAGCCUCAUGAUGAUGCAGAGGACAGCAUGAAUGAUCACGAAGAUACAAAUGGCUCAAAAGAAAGUUUUCGGGAGCAGGAUAUCUAUCUUCCAAUUGCAAAUGUAGCAAGAAUAAUGAAAAAUGCCAUACCUCAAACUGGAAAGAUUGCUAAGGAUGCCAAGGAGUGUGUGCAGGAAUGUGUCAGUGAAUUCAUCAGUUUUAUAACGUCUGAGGCAAGUGAAAGAUGUCAUCAAGAAAAACGGAAGACUAUCAACGGAGAGGAUAUUCUUUUUGCCAUGUCUACCCUGGGAUUUGAUAGUUACGUAGAACCUCUAAAACUAUACCUUCAAAAAUUCAGAGAGGCAAUGAAAGGAGAGAAGGGAAUUGGUGGAGCAGUCACAACUACAGAUGGACUUAGUGAGGAGCUUACAGAGGAAGCCUUUACUAAUCAGUUACCAGCCGGUUUGAUAACCACAGAUGGCCAACAGCAAAAUGUGAUGGUUUAUACAACAUCCUACCAACAGAUAUCUGGAGUUCAACAAAUUCAAUUUUCAUGAUUUGGAGGAGCACUGGAUCUGCAAGUGGGGCAACAAGGAAAAAGCAGGACAAUUCUAAAGCAGAGACAUUAGUAUGGAAAUGACUGGUGAAGCGGGAGAUGUGCCUCUCUGUACAUUAAAUAGCUGUAAUGUAGCUUCCUGAGGCUUGACUAAUUGAGAUGUGAAUUCUGACUUGAGAAUCUUUUUCAUGAGUGGUUUUAAAAAAAAAAAAUUGGAUUUUAAAGGUAUUAAAAUAUUUUUGUUUUGUACAAGAGUUUGUUGCUCUGUGACUCCUGUAUGCAUUGUAUAUUGCGAUUUAUUACUGUCAGAGAUUUGUAGACAGUUUCUUAUUUUCAUAUUGAAUCAUGUUACUUUUGUAAUUCAAGUAAACAGCUGGGUUAAUUCAUGAUGUUUACCCUUUUAAUAAAAUAGGGGUAGAGUUCAUUUUGAAUGCAAGUUGCCUUUGUUAUAAAAUUAAGUUGGUCUUGGUUAUGUAAUUUUGUCCUGCAUGACAACCGUAGCUAGAUUUUUUAGCAGUUGAUGUAUUUAUUGAAAUUUAAUUUUUAAGGGGAUUUUUUUUUGUAAAGCAUUUGAAGUUCAAGAAUUGCUACAAAUAUUUCUUUUUUAUGUAAUUUUGAAACUAAAUGUUAACCCAGAAGAAAUAAACUGUCCAACCUGUUGAACUUAAAAGAUUUGGUACCUACUAACAGUGUUUGCUACAAUGAAAACACUGUUUUUUGUGCCUGUUAACAGUAGUCAUUAUUUUUAGUUAUCAUGGACCUUGGUUUAGGCUAGAUUUCGCAUUUUGGUAAACUUAAUUUAUGAAUGCAUUUUGAACUAAUUAAUAUGUUCAAUUUAAUGUAGUCUUAGUGCUAUUGAAAUGAUACUUUUUUCAUUUAAGUUUGUUUUUUCUUAUAAAAUACAAUUAUUUCCUGGUCCAGAAGAGGAAUUUUAUAGCCUGGUUGUAAAUGACUUCAUUUUAACUUUUUAAUUGAAAUGUUAAAAUUUCCCUGUAAUGCUGAGGGAACUCUCAGCAAUGGUAUAGCAACACUUUGUGUACAGUUUGUGCGUGUGUGAAUGAAUGAACGAGAUGGUGAAUGGAUGCUUCGUGACCUGAAGUGGAAGACUCAAACUUCUGGUUUGCUGUCUCCUGUCUUUGCAAUAAACUAUACUUAUAUAAUGUAACUUUGUUUUAA